AUGUUUACUAUUAUUAGAUGCAUAACAAUAAUAUAUAUUAUAGGUAGUUUAUUUUAUUAUGUGUCUUAUGCACUUAAAACAAGUAUAGACUCUUAUAACGAGAAUUAUGAAGCAACAUCCAAUAAAUUAAUAAUUGAAGACCAAUCAUUAGAUAAUAAGACCAAAUCUCAGCUAUAUUUAUGCUCAAUAUGUGGUUGUAAAAGCCAUCUUGGUCCAAUAGAAGAAGAUAAUAAUAAAAUAUAUGUAUGCCUCCACUGUGAAAACUCUAAUGACUUACAAAACUGUAUAUUUUCGGCAAUACAAAAAGAAUGGUACACAUCACUACAAUUAAGAAGUACUUCUUUAUAUAGUAAUUUACUUAAUUACUAUAAAGGAGUUGCUUUUGGGCAUUCUCAAUUAUAUUCUAUUUAUCCAGAUAAGAACAUCCUAAAUAGGAAUAUUAACCUAAAUAAAUUUUUUAUAUGGAAAAUUCUUACCCCAGGUAAUAUGACUGAUAACUGUAUGAUUAUUAAUGAUGAGUAUAGUAAUCCUAAUUUCUUUAAUAUGCGAUAUACUCUUAUUGUUAACAAAGGUUAUUUAGCUAAAGAUAUUAAUGUGUCAUUUUAUAUAGAUGGAAACAAUAAAGUAUAUGGAGACAUAGCUCAAUUUGAUCAUCAGUAUAUUAACCAGUCAGACUCAAUAAAUGUAUAUAGUUUCAAGUAUAUAAAAUUGCCAAUAGAAAAACUUUACUCGGAGUAUAAUGACAAAUCAUAUUCUAUAUCAAAUUACUCAAUACCCCCUAAACAUGUCUUUGACUUCGCAUCGAAUUCAUGGAUUCCUAUUGGUUCUAAAAUAUUGCAGGAAGGAAUUUAUAUUGAGUACAUUUUGAAUAAUAUCCAAAUGAACUUAAAUUGCCCUAAAGAUGGUUCAUGUGAUCUUGGGGAUCUUAAUGUAUUCUUAAGUGUGGAUUGCCAGCCUACUAUAGGAUCGCCUGAAUACAAUUUUACAAUAAAUUCAACUAUAGAGAAGAUAGCAGAUAUUUACAGACAUUACCAAGAUAAACCUAGGAUAUUUGAAUUUUUCCUCAAUAGGCUCAAGUAUACAUUGACAUCUAAACUACAAUGUGUACCUAAUGCAUUCUACUAUCAGUCAACAGAUACACUUAUAAGGACACCGUUUGAAAAUUUGUCACCAGCCUGUAAGGAGGCAAUAUACUUCAGUGAGCUCCCUAAAAUAGGCUACAUGUAUGAUUUUGAUAUGAAUAUUACUGGGACAGGUGACCCAGAUAAAUAUAUCGUGGCAAUUGAACACGAAGAUGUAGAUGACGGCUCAUUAGCGGAGAAAAUCCACAGAAUCCUUAUAGGUAUAGAAUGA